CGAUUAUACACUUGCCCUUUAUUAGCUUGAAAUAGUCCUGACGAGAAUACAACACUAAGCCAGAACAUUUUUCGCGUAACUCCAGCCAUUGAGGGAUUCUUCGACUACGACAGCCAUUCCAAAUGACACGCCGGCGAUGGAUCAAAGUCAAGUCAACAGCAGCAACCCAAGAAAAGAGGGUUCAACCCCAUGGCCAAGACACAUAUGGUAUCGAACGCGUACAAGGGUCAUGUCAAAAAGUUGAAAGCCGAGUUGAUUUACAAGGCCAAGGUCAAGAGUGACCAUGCCAAGGUCUUGAAGCAGGCAGACGAUAAUACCCCAGAGUUUCACAAGAAGGUAGAGAGCCAACAACCAUUUAGAAGAGGCAUUGUCACGGCCUCUUCACUGUUGUUGCCUCCAGAUUGAUUGAUCUUUGUUCGGAAAUAGAUCUUCGGAGAGAGGAUCAUUGUUGUCUAACCCGGCCCCAGCAUCUAAUACGCACUUGGUUGACCGGCACAUCGGCCAUUCAGGAUUCGAAUUUGCAGGAAAGCACAUGGGUCGAAGGCGCUUCAGACGAAAUAAACUGACCCAUAGAUGUGAAC